AUGCCACCCGAUAAUGGAUCUAGCACCCCGAUAUAUCGGAACCUCAUCCGUAUUUCGCGAUUUGACAGAUACAACUCAUUCAUCGGUGUUUUUGGCGGAGUCUGGGCAACAUUGGUUGCAGGCACUCUGAGGAUCAAGGAGGAUCCCACCAGCAUAUCUGCGCGGAAUGUCUUCUUACAGACGUUUCUUUGCUUCCUUCAUUGCUAUAUCUUCUCUGGGGCCGGUAUGGUUUGGAACGACUGGAUCGACCGCGAUAUCGAUAAGAACGUAGCCAGGACGAAGAACCGUCCGCUGGCGUCCGGCAGUCUCCGAGUUGCACAUGCACUCUGGUGGAUGCUGUUUCAAUUCUUGUUGUCAGCCGCUAUUCUGUACUGGAUGCUAGGUGGAAAGUACCUGCUCUAUACUCUCGUUCCUGAGACCUUCCUUACCAUUCUCUAUCCGUUUGGCAAGCGGCCAGCCUUCAAGAGACUCCAUCUAUACCCCCAGUAUCUCUUGGGCCUAGCAGCUGUCAGUACGGUCGUUACCGGCUGGGCGGCAAUCUACGGGGAAACAAGCCCGCUCGAAGCUGUCUUCCUGCGCUCGCGACCGCUUAGUUUCUUCGCCUUCUUCUGGAUUAUGUUUUUCAAUACCGCCUACAGCUACCAGGAUAUUCGCGAUGAUUCUAAGAUGAAUGUGAACUCGUUCUAUGUCUUUGUGGGAAAGUAUAUUCGCAUAUGCUUACUUCUGUUGGGCGGCGCAGUACUGUUGGGAAUAUAUUGGACUAUCAGCCCGCUGGAGUCGGUAUGGCUGUGGAUGUCUUGGAUGGGCAUUUGGUCAGCCUCCUACUUAGAACAGACAGUGGUCUUUGAUCCGAAGAAACCUGAAACUGGUGGGUUUGUGCACAAGAGGAAUUUUGCGCUUGGAGUUUGGACGGUCGUGGCUUGCGCUGUUGAGGUCAUGUUGAGAGCAUGA